AUGGACAAACUGAAACAGAAGCUGAGUGUGAGGAAUAAUCUGACCAGGGAGUGUAUGGGGGAGUUUCUGGGCACAUUUGUUCUGCUGUUGUUUGGUUGUGCAGCAGGGGCCCAGAUAAAGACCAGUCAAGAGACAAAGGGCCAGUUCCUCUCCGGCAACAUGGCCUUCUCUGUGGGCGUCAUGUCUGCCAUGUACCUCUGUGGGGGUGUCUCUGGGGCUCAUCUGAACCCUGCUGUGUCUCUCAGCUUCUGCGUCUUAGGACGGUUGCCCUGGAGCAAGCUGCUGCCAUACUCCCUCUCCCAGAUUCUGGGAGCCUACAUGGCCUCUGGAGUUGUCUUCAUGACAUACUAUGAUGCCAUCAUGCAUUACAGUGGGGGAAACUUGACAGUAUUUGGACCCAGGGAAACUGCCUCCAUUUUUGCCACGUACCCAUCUGACUAUCUGUCUCUUGGGAGCAGCUUCCUUGACCAGGUUGUCGGCACGGCUAUGCUGUUACUCUGUAUACUGCCCCUGGAUGACAAGCUAAACAACCCUGCCCCCUCUGCCUUGAUCCCCCCCAUUGUGGCAGUGGUGGUCUUGGGAAUAUCUAUGUCCAUGUCCGCUAACUGUGGGGCGGCCAUCAACCCGGCCAGGGACCUGGGGCCCAGACUGUUCACACUUACUGCAGGCUGGGGGACUGAGGUUUUCACGUGCUAUAACUACUGGUUCUGGGUUCCUUUGGUAGCGCCUAUGCUGGGGGCUGUAGUUGGGACCGGAUUCUACCUGGUGUUCAUCCGAUGGCACCUGCCUGACCCGAAUGCUGCCAGGAGCAGAACUGCCACCAUGGAGUCUCAGCCUGGGGAACAGAAACUGCCACCUGUCCGUGAAACCAGAACAACCAGCUUUAAAAUAGAGACAGGUAAACAGUUCUGA